UUGAUCGGAAGUGGAAAUGCGUCUUUUGACAGACGCCUAUCAUAGCAAAAGCUAGUCAGCAUUCAAUCAGAUUUAAAUUUAGACGAAGGCAAAUUAUGAGUGUUUUGGAAUGAUUAAGAAACUGGUAGAUUUAGUGGCUUUGUGAGACUCACAGGACACCUUGAAGUACCGACGAGGGUAAAAGUGAAGGAGAAAUGAUGUAUUACAGAAUCUUUUGUCACAUGAUUCGCGUACUGGAAGUGGAAACAAAGCGAAUUUAAUCCCGAGUUAGUGUUGGUAAGGAGGAGACAAUGGCGCAGUAUGAAACAGGCUACCAGGCUCUGGGCACAUAUGACGAUGAUGAAGAAGAAGAUACAGAGUUACCUCUUCAUGAAACGGGUGUCAUGAUUCACCAGGUCCCUUCCAGUAAUAACGCUCGCUGGAACCACAUAAAGAACCUGGAUGAUUUCUUCACUAGAGUGUAUCAUUUCCAUCAGAGAAAUGGCUUUGUCUGCAUGGUGUUGGAGGACAUUUUGCAGUUAGUCCAAUUUGUGUUUGUGGUGCUGUUCACAACCUUUCUGGUGGUGUUUGUGGAUUAUGGUGUCCUGUUUGACACCCACUCUGCAAAGAAGGUCACCAUACCAGAGGUUAUUCUGCCCAUGAGUAAGGCAGGUGAAAGGUUUCACUUUGGCCUGGUGUUGUGUCUGCUGGUGGCCACAGUCUUCUGGCUGCUCAGGGUUGUCAAGGUUAUUUAUAACAUCUUCAAGUAUUUUGAGAUCAACACCUUCUAUAAAGGAGCAUUGAAGAUAUCUACAUCUGACCUGGCUAACAUGACCUGGCAUGAGGUACAGAGGCGCGUGCUGGAGGUACAGAAGGAGCAGCAUAUGUGCAUACAUAAGCGCAACCUCACAGAACUUGAUAUUUACCACAGAAUCCUGAGGUUCAAAAACUACAUGAUAGCCAUGGUGAACAAGUCUCUGCUACCUUUAGAGGGAAACAUUCCUUUUGUGGGGACAUGUUCCUUCCUCAGUAUUGGACUGAAGUAUAACAUUGAGAUAAUUUUAUUCUGGGGUCCAUGGUCACCGUUUGAGAACAACUGGAAGCUGAGAGAUGAGUACAAGAAUAUGCAUAACAGAAAACGUCUGGCAGAACAAUUAGCCAAAAGAAUAUUGUGGAUUGGUAUUGCUAACUUCAUUUUGUGUCCAGUGAUAUUUUUAUGGCAGAUUUUGUAUUCAUUUUUCCGAUAUGCAGAGCUGAUAAAGCGCGAGCCAGGAGCUCUUGGUGUUAGACGAUGGUCUAACUACGGCCGUCUGUACCUGCGACAUUUUAAUGAGCUUGACCAUGAGUUUACAGCCAGACUGAAUCGUGGAUACAAGCCUGCCACCAUGUACAUGAACAUCUUCACCACUCCCGUGCUGGUUGUUCUUGCCAAGAACGUUGCCUUCUUCAUGGGGUCCAUUUUGGCAGUGCUGGUCGUGUUGACAGUUAUAGAUGAAGACGUCCUCACAGUAGAACAUGUCCUCACCACAAUGACAAUUACAGGUGUGAUUGUGACUUGCUGUAGAGCUCUCAUUCCUGAUGAGCAUACAGUGUAUAACCCUGAACACCUGUUGACUGGCAUUCUGGCUCAGAUACAUUACAUGCCUGAACACUGGAAGGGCAAUGCUCACACCCUCAAAGUCAGGAAUGAGUUUGGACAGCUGUUUGAAUACAAGUUCACUUACCUGUGUGAGGAAUUGCUUAGUCCAUUCAUCACACCUUUCAUCCUGUGUUUUGGCCUGAGGAACAAAGCCCUGGACAUCGUGGAUUUCUUCCGAAACUUCACAGUGGAUGUUGUUGGGGUAGGGGAUGUAUGUUCAUUUGCCCAAAUGGACAUACGUAAACAUGGCAACCCUCAGUGGGUGGUCAAUGAAGAGACACAGGCUGACUCGGACCAUCAGGGAGAAGACGGGAAGAUAGAGCUCUCCCUCAUGCACUUCCAUCUGACAAACCCAGAGUGGAGGCCUCCUGAGAACUGUAGCAUGUUUCUCCAUAACCUCAAGGAACAAGCACACCGGGAUGCAUCCACAAUGAGUGCCAUGCCGGGAGACAACCCUCUCUUCAACUCCUUCUAUAGUCUCGGUCAGCCAGGUUACAGGUACUCCAGCAUGUCUAGUGUGGCCUUACAGAGUUGUCUGUCUCCGUCAUUUGGUGGCUCCCUGGCGCCCCCUGUCACACAAACUCGGCCACAGUUCAAUGUUCGAGGAGCAGUUUCCCACACAGAGGGUCCGUUGGGAUCAAGCAGUGGAAUUCUGGGAAGCCUUCACACAUCUGGCAGCCUGCAGGGCAGCCUGAUUGGACCGUCGCCGUCUAACAUACAUAUAGACGAAGGCACUAUAGAAAUGCUUUCUAAUGACAUGAGCUUCAGUGCUUUGUACAUGCACGAAAUGAGACACAGACGCUCCAGGGGAGUGGUUGAGCAGCUGGAAGAUCUCCACGCUAGGGCACUGUGGCAGCAGAGACCCGAGAGUCUGCCUCAUAUCAGUACUGUACAGCCCCACAUGCCGGGCAUCAAGGAAACUCCCCAGGAGGAGGAGAGUGACGGCUGUGUGGAGGACCUUAGUGGCAGGCAUGACCAGUCCAGCAAAUCACAGCCCAGUUAACACAGACUGCACUCUGGGCUGGUAGUACCUGGUGGUAGUGUUGAUAAAACUUCUUAGAGAAUGCUACUGGUCAUAAAACUUCUUGGAGGAUGCCAAUGGUCAUAAAAGCUUGUGGAGAGGUUUUCCUCCGUUCCUGGAAAUGUAUAUGUGUUCCAGCUGCUGAAGAUGUCACAUUCUGGUAUAAAAGAAAUUGUCGAUGGGAAUUCUACGGAAGUGUCCCCUAUCUUGAAGAACAAGGCAAACGUCAUAAUUCAGCCAUAAAUAUUAACUGAGACUAACAUGACUAAGGGGGUAAUAUUCUGGGUGAUUCUAAAGAGAGUUUGAAUUGAGUUCCAUUAGAGAAACUGUGAAAUAGGGUCCUCGUCCAUAGGAAUAUUUUUAUUGUUUUAAUCAGUGUAAUUGAGUUUUUUGAUUGAGUGUGGCUGGGUUGAUAGUGCUGCUUUUGUUUUAUACCAUUACAUGUAUACCUGUGAUAUGCACUCAGGUGUGUUUUCACUUGUGGCAAAGUCUGUUUCAAUGAAAUGAGAUAAAGCUGUGACAGUUUGAUGUGUGCAGAUUGGACGAUGUACAAUAUUGCGUGUUGAAGAUGAAGUCAAACUUGCAAAUAAAUGUUACAACUUUAGACUAGGCAAAAGGCUUUAAGUGAAAGACAGCAAAAUGUAGAGCUACUUGUAGUAUAUGUAAGUGUAUAAACUUCCAGCGGAAAACGGUACGUCUCAACUGGAUUUUAGUCAAUUUUUUUUUUUUUGAUUAUUAUUUUCACGAAAAUCAUACUUGUAGUCAUGUGGUCUUUAUGAACCCUAUUCGAUGACAAGUUAUUUUUAAAGCUUCAUAUCCACUCCAAAUGUUAACAUAGCCCUUUCAUGUGCACUCAAAAUGUUAACGUGGCCCUUUCAUGUGCACCCCAAAUGUUAACAUAGCCCUUUCCUGUGCACUCCAAAUGUUAACAUAGCCCUUUCAUGUUCACUCGAAACGUUAACAUAGCCCUUUCAUGCGCACUUAGGUACAUAUUUACACAGGUAAAUUUUGUACAAAUAGAAGAGUGUUACAGAACUGGCAUUCAGUAUUUAAAUAUGGUAUUUCAAGCCCAUGUUAAAAUUGAAGCAUUGGACUGCAUAAUUUUAAGGUAAACCGCAUAUGAUUUCAUGGAAUAUUUCACCAAGUCACCCUGCUGUACUAAUUUGAUGACAAAAUCACCUGAUAAUUAUAUGAUUAACUGUGGAUUAGGGUAGUAUAUAGAUGGGUUUAUGGACAUGCAUAUGCAAAAUGUAUGUACCAUGGGAUUAUUGAGAAAUAGAAACAUUUGCACAAGAAUAUUUUAAUUAUUAAACCGAGAUCAGCUUGAAUUUAUCUAGCCAGCAUGAACAUACAUACAUGUAUCUCAUCUCUGUAGGCCUAAUGUGUGUAGCCAUGGAUAUUAUUUGUUACCAUGGAAACAUUGGGCAAACCCAAGUGCAGAAUGAGACUUAAGUGGAAAAGCUGUCUGAUAGAUCAAUCAUGUCUUUAAAGGGCACUCUGAAACACCAAGACCAUUACAGACUGAAGCUGAAUUUGAACUGCAAAUAUUUUGUGAAGAGAAGAAAGCUGCACUGGGUUUAAUCUCAGUGCUGUAAAAUUUUUAUAGAGCUACUUCAACACUUGAGCUACGGUUAAAUGACCUCUGCAUUCAGCUCAGCGCAGCAUAUGCAGUAAUUUUACCACGUCAUCGGAUCUGCUUUUCUGGACAUGUUGUAUUGUGUUAGAAAUCUGUAUGCUCGACUUCCAGCUCCGUGUCAUGUACUUUCAUGAUUUCCCCAUCAAAAGACAAUUAUAUUGUAUAGUACUCUCUGCAUGCUACAUGUGUACACUGUACAUAACAGUAUUCGUGGUCACCAGGGCUAUAACACCAAGGUAUGUAUAUACAGAGCACCUUAUAUAGAAUAUGGGAAGUUGCCAGGGGUGCAAACAUUAGAUUUCUGACAGUGAUGUGCUUAGUGAAAUCUUUUUAGUGAUGUUACAUACUGGGUACUGUGGUCAUAGUUAUCUCUCUGGCAUUUUUCAAGUGAUACAUUUGAUUGAUUUUUCACCGUACACAGGUCCAUUUAAACGUUUUGUUCUUUUUGUUUUGUGAAGUUUCGCUAUCUUCUUACCAGAUAAACUUAGAUGUUGACUUUAAAAAUGUCAUUUUAAAGCCUUUAUGUGCUUUUGAAAGUGCAUUUUUGCAUACCCGUACUUGUAACACACUUAAGGUGAAAUACAGUAUGAAGUCAACGUCAUUUUCUGAGAUGUACAUCUCCAUGUAUAUACAAUACUCCUAUACGUAUAGAUGACCAUAUCAUAGAUAAUUAGGCUACUCAGUGCGGGGGUGAAUGCAGGAAUUUCUCUGGAGCCCUUAUCUGGGUUUUUAGAUGAAUUAACCGAAGGAAAAGUUGUGAACAUUUCAUUUGCAACUGAUCCUUUGACAGUUAAGGCAAAACGAUCCAAAUGUUGUGUUUAAAUGCAGAACGAGAGGCCCCCGGUGGCUCAGUUGGUUAAUGCGCCAACGCAGCGUAAUGACCCGGGAGUCUCUCACCAAUACGGCCGCUGUGAGUUCAAGCCCAGCUGAUGCUGGCUUCCUCUCCGGUCGUACGUGGGAGGGUCUUCCAGCAACCUGCUGAUGGUCGUGGGUUUCGCCAGGGCUGUGGCCGGUUUCCUCCCAAUAUAAUGCCGGCCGCCGUCGCAUAAGUGAAAUAUUGUUGAGCACGACGUAAAACACUAGUCAAAUAAAUAAAUAAAUGC